ACUCGUUGUUCAAUGCACCUAUGACCCUAUGAGAAUCUUCAAGUUGAACCUGUUUUUCCCAUCGCUCGCUUAGCAAGAGCUAAAUGUUGGCAGGCUCAAGUAUAGCCCAUGGCGGCCGGGUGACCACUACUCCGGAUUUUUGUACUGAUAAUGAGUGUAACAUGAUAGUCACAACAAUAUACGAGUCGUCGUCUUCAAUGCCCAGUUCCGCUCUUCGGCUUCAUGCUCAGCGUCCUUGACAACCUCCUGUAACUUCUUUGGUAAAAUAGCAUGGCAAACAAUUAUCGAGUGGCCCCACAGAGUUGUCCCCCCUGCGAUUAUUCUUAUUCCACCUCUCUCUAUUAUCUUGCUACCAUCCUUUAUUGCAUAUUCGACCAGCCGCAGGGCGUCCCAUCUGACCUUGAUGGAGCUAUUGCGCUUUAUCGCGCUGCGCUGGACUUCCUACCCCCCGGUCAUUCUCAUCGAUUCACGCCUCUCAUCUUCCUCGCUAUUGGCCUUACUCGCAGAUUCGAGGAGCGGAGUGACCCGUCUGAUCUUGAUGAGGCCAUUGAGCUCCAUCGGACUGCACUACUACUCUGCCCACCCGAUCAUCCUGAUCAAUCUACAUCUCUGAACAAUAUUGCAAACAGCCUUCGAGACAGGUUCCGGCAGCACGGCGUCCCAUCUGACCUCGAUGAGGCCAUCGAGUUCAGUCGGGAAGCACUAUUACUCUGCCCACCCAAGCAUCCUGAUCGACCCAUGUCUCUGAACAAUCUUGCCCUUAGCCUUCGAGAAAGAUUCCAGCAGCGGGGUGUCUCAUCUGACCUUGAUGAGGCCAUUGAGUCCGAUCGAGCUGCACUACACCUUCGUCCACCUGGUCAUCCUGAUCGAUUCGAUUCUCUCACCAAUCUUGCACUCAACCUCGUUGACAGAUUCCAGCAGUGGGGCAUCCUAUCUGACCUUGAUGAGGCCAUUGAGCUCAAUCGGACUGGAUUGUCACUCUGCCCACCCGGUCAUCCUGAUCGAUCCAUGUCUCUCCACAAUCUUGCCCUUAGCCUUGGAUCCAGAUUCAAGCAGCGGGGCAUUCCAUCUGACCUUGAUGAGGCCAUUGAGCUCUAUUUGGAUGCACUACUACUCCGCCCCCACGGUCAUUCUCAGCGAUCCUCGUCUCUCCACAAUCUUGCCCUCAGCCUUCGAGACAGAUUCGAACAACGGGGCAUCCCGUCUGACCUUGAUAGGGCUAUUGGGCUCAAUCGGGCUGCAUUACACCUCCGCCCCCAUGGCCAUUCUGAUCGACCCAUGUCUCUCAACAGCCUUGCCAUCGACCUUAAAGAGAGAUUCCGGCAGCGUGGCAUCAUGUCUGACCUUGAUGAGGCCAUCGAGCUCCAUCGGGCUGCGCUGGAGUUCCUCCCCCUGUAUCAUUCUAAUCGAUCCAUGUUUCUCAACAAUCUUGCCCUCAGUCUGGUAUACAGAUUCCCGCAGCAGAACGUCCAGCCUGACCUUGAUGAAGUGUUUAGCCUGUAUUUGCAACUCUCCCACCUAUCACAUGCGGCAUCUCGCACAGAUCUUAGCAUUGCCAAAUUAUGGGCGGCCUUCGCUGACAUCCUCAAUCACGACUCUGCAUUGCUUGCCUAUAAGACUGCACUCAAAUUCCUAGACCAGCGAGUUGCUCUCCUGUCAUCUUCUUCCCAUCAUUUCGACGUCAUUAGGGAGGCUGUUUCUUCCCUUGCCACAGAUGCUUUUUCAUGCAGUGUGCGUCAUGAUGCCCUGACGACUGCUGUGGAGCUAGUGGAACAAGGUCGUGCAGUAUUCUGGACCCAGUUAGCACGCUUCAGAACACCACUCGAUGAACUUUCUGUUUCAGGUGACACCGGCACGACCUUGGCAGAAGAGUUCAAACGAUUGAGCUUUCGCCUUCGUAACACGUUCGAUCGGUCCACCGAAGACAAAUCUCCGCAAAUUCGGCAAUUGGCCAUGCAAUGGGACGACGUCAUCUCGCGCAUCCGCAUACUUCCUGACUUUUCUCGGUUUCUGCUACCUCCCCUUUUCUCCGACCUACAGAAGGUGGCUGAAGAAGGUCCGGUCAUCAUUGUCAAUGCUAGUCAGUACAGUUGCGACGCCCUGAUUAUCUUGAGUGGGCAAGGUCCUGUCCAUGUUCCGCUUGACACUGCACAAGUCAAAGUGUCCGAGUUGUCCUCCGAGUUCCAGUCACUCGCGGGGCAGUUUGGUUCUUCUGAUCAUGAACACAAGCUUGUCGGCAUCCUUCGCAAGCUUUGGAAUGAUAUCGUUGACCCCGUAGUCGAAGCUCUCAGGGAGUUGAACGUUCGCCCUGGCUCGCGCAUCUGGUGGUGUCCCACUGCCGAGUUCACACUGCUUCCUCUACAUGCAGCAGGACCGUACGAGAAGCACAAAGACAAUCUGUCUCACAUUUACAUCUCCUCUUAUACUCCCACUUUGACAACACUCGUUCGAGCGAGACAGCGGGUUUCUCGAGACGCGUCCCCGCAACAUUUUGUUGCCAUUGGUCAAGGAAACCCGGACAGAGGGAGGGAGCUCAAAUGUGUCACUCCAGAGCUAGCCGUCGUAGCUCAACGUCUCCAGCCUGUCGUGUCGUCCUUCACAUCGCUUGAGGACAGCGAUGCAACAGUGCGGGGUGCACUUGAUGCACUGAACCAUAAUCAGUGGCUUCAUCUCGCCUGCCAUGGAGUGCCAAAUCGGACACAACCCUUCGAAUCUUCCUUCGCCAUGCGUGACGGACCAUUGAUGAUCAAGGACAUCAUCCGAUCAGACUGGCAGAAUUCGGAGUUUGCAUUCUUAUCAGCUUGCCACACUACCGUGGGUGAUGAGAACAGUCCUGAUGAGUCGAUCCACCUUGCUGCGGCUAUGCAAUUCUCAGGAUUUCGCAGCGUCAUAGGUUCCAUGUGGUCUGUUGAUGACGAUGUUGCGCGCCAGGUUGUGUCAGCUUUUUAUGGCCACCUGGUUGAUAGCUCAGGGAGAUUGGACUGCACACGGGCUGCGGUAGCGUUGCACAAGGCCAUGAAAUCGCUGCGCAAGAAGAUUCCAUUAGAACAGCAAAUUGUAUUUGUUCACAUAGGUGUCUAG